AUGCCUCCUAAGGGUAAGGGUUCUUCCAGAGCUCACGGUGCCAGAACUGCAACAGGUGUCCGAAUCUUCAAUGGUAAUAACAGAUCCUCUUCUCAUUCAUCGAACCCCUCUGAAUGGACACAGUCUGCGACACAACCGGCAACGCAUUCACACCAAAGUCAUCCUUCUCAGAUUCCGCCAAGGACAAAUCCAGCACCGAUAACGAGUCCAUCACCGAGUACCCAUCCACCAUCGAGGGAAGUUCCUGAAUUGGGAGCAAAGGAGAAGGCUUCUAAGGGUUGGAUUCGUCGUUUUUGGGUCAGAACUUUCUGCAAAAAGAGGUUCAUGAAGCUUUUGGGUGAGUUUGGGACGGAUUGGAGAUGGUUUAACCGGCACAAAGGAAAGCUGUCUCGAGCGAUUGCUGGAUUUUUUAGGAGAAAUUUUGAUGGACCUUACUACAGUUGGAAAGUUACUCCACUGCCCAUUCAAGAGCGAUAUUUCAGGGCAUUUGCGCGGAAGUACAAUUGGGAUAUCGGAAGUACUAAUCUCGUUAAAGAAGGUUUCUUGAAGAUAGUCAAGAAAAGGAUGAAAGGCAAUAACACCCCUUAUGCCAUUGAGAAGAGUGAGAAUGCUUCACAGUGCAGAAACUCUACUCAUGGAGGUCUUGGAGUGCACAAACACUUAGCUGGUCAGAAAUCAUUUGUGCAAGCUCAUCAAGAAAUGGAGGAAGAAUUGGGGCGUCAUGUGUCACUGGUGAAAGUGUUUCUUAAAACACACACUCGGCCCGAUGGAUCAUUUGUGGAUCAAAAAGCGAAACAAGUUGCUGAGACGUAUGAGAAGACCAUAGAAGAGAGACAAUCUGAAACGGACGAAGAUGGUCCAGAUAGUUCAGAGAAUUCAACACAUCGUAAUCUUUCCCUUGAUGAAAGAAAUGAAAUUUCCCUUCAGUGUACUCAUACAGAUAACAAUGGCAACCUAUUUGAACUUGGAUCACUUGUGGAGACACUAAAGAAAAGGAAAAAGACAAAGAGUUAUGCGAGCGCUUCUCCAUCAACUCUUGUGGAGCUUCAAGAUCAACUUCGGUGCAAGAUUUCUGAACACGAGACUGAGAAUGCACGACGUGAUCAGGAACACCAAGAGUCUCAAGCUGAGAUGAAGAAACUUUUCCUCUUCAUGAUAGAAAAAAAAACCUGA